AUGUCGCGUUAGUGGUCUAGAGAGCUCCGGUGCAGAAGACGGUUCUUCGGUUCAACGACACACCCACACACAUCAUCCAUCGCCUGGAACCUCACAGUUCCAGCUCAUUCUGCGACGAGACUCAGGGGUGGGCAGCCAUGGUGGCCUGUGCCCUCGCCGCCGUCCAGCCUGCAGCGGCUCGAGCGCCAUGCCGAGGGAGGAGCCUCUCCGGCCAUAUCGCACGGCUGCCGUCUCCCGGUCCCCGACUUUCAGGCAGGAUCAGGAUCAGCCGCAGCGUCGUUGCGAAGGUCGCGAAGGACAGCUCGGAAUCGCCCGGGAGCGUCGUGAGAUACGUCCAGAGUUCUUUCAGCACUACUGAAGACAUCUUUGCUCUAGCUGGAAUAGGUUUUGCAGCCGUAGCUGCAUUAUGGGCUUCAAUAAAUCUCGUUGAGGUCAUUGAUAAGCUCCCGGUUCUUCCUCUGUUCUUUGAAUUAAUCGGGAUUGUAGUUGCCUGGCUGUUCAUCUACAACAAUCUCCUCUUCAAGCCAAAGAGGCAAGAGUUACUGGGGAACAUCAAAAGCACAUUAUCUCGAAUCUUGGGCCAGUAACUUUCGAACGUUACAGUGGACAGCAGCACUGGGUUAUGGCCUUAGCUCUAUGCAGGCCUGGCGCGAUGUAAUGUUUAACUGAGUGCAUAUAAUGCGAGAAACGAAUGUUACCAUUUUUCACUCUAGAGGCAAAAUAACGGUUUUCUGUACAGGUUAGUGUGAAACCAUUCUCCUAGUAGACCUCUUGGUUUACGAGCCAAAUAAGCACACCCAAUUUCUUCAUUCAA